AUGGGUCCAACCGAACGAGAAAUUAAAUUACUCUCCUUGAAAGGUAUACUAAAGCUUCGAGCGGAAUAUGUCUCGGAAGUGAGUAAAAUUGAAGACUUAGUCAAGGAACUCAAGAUCAAGAGUGAGAACCACGAAAUAAAAGAGCAAGAAUAUACUGAUGCCGUCAUUAUAUUGAAAGAGACAAAAGAGCUUAUACCUUUAGCUACAGAAAAGGUGAAAGAAAUGGCGGAAGAUUUGCGAAGUAUCGUCAAUGGUGAUCAUACAGAAGCAUUGGAUCGGUUAUUGUCAGAAGCAGACGAGGUCUGCAGUUUAUAG